CAUCUCUACACAGCUCUUUUGGAAGCUCGAGUGUGACAGUGUGUAAGAGAGUCGUCCCAGGCCUUUACCAUGAAGACCUGCGUGCUGUUACUGCUGCUGGCGUUGGGUUGUGUGACCAUCAAUGGUGCACCAGUGGAGCAUGGUGGCAUGGAGCCAGCCUCAUGUGAAGACGCAUCAACAAAAGCAGCUGCUGAACUGGCUCUUACCAAAAUCAACCAGGACAGGAAGGAGGGCUACAUCUUCAGCCUGCACCACCUGUCCAAUGCCCACAUAAAGAGACAUGGUGAGAAUGGUGAGGUUUUCUACCUGACUCUGGAUGUUGUGGAGACCGACUGCAGCGUUCUCAGCAAGAGGGACUGGAAGAGCUGUGACAUUCGUCCAAGGGAAAACAUCAAGGUAUAUGGACAAUGCAAAGCUGCUAUCUUCAUCAAUAAGGUGCAUAGAGUGGAGCGCCUCUACAAAUACAGCUGUGUUAUCAGACCAGGUAGGGUGCAUGAGAGCUGUCCCGGCUGUCCAUAUUUACCUCGCAAUAAUGAGGAAGCUAAAGUUCAGAAGACUGUGACCCACUCUCUGGAGAAAUUCCACAACCAGAGCAGGCCAGCCAAUCGGUUCACUCUGCUCAAAAUCUCCCGUGCUACUGCACAGGUUGUCGCAGGUUCAAUUUACCGUGUGGAAUACACCAUCCAGGAGACCACCUGCCCCCACAGCACAGAAGCAGUGACAGCUGAGAACUGCCCCCCUAUGGACUGCGAGUUUGCUCACAAGGGCUUUUGUAAGGCAUCCCUCUUCCAGCCUCUUUGGGGUGAGGGAAAAGUCGAUGUCAACUGUGAGAUCUAUGAGCCUGAGGCAUCUGAGAGGGAGAAGCAGCUCCACCUGCUGGGUGUAGAGACUGAACACACCCAUGAUGACGCACACUCACACAGUCACCUGCAUGAACACGAGCACAGCCAUGGGCACAGACUUGGGGCCACACCCCACAAGGAUCCAGAGGGAAUAGUAACAGUCUUGCCUGCCCUGGGCCAGCCUGUGACCCUUCCUUCCUUCCCUGAUGUCCCUGCCGGUGGGCCUGGAGUUGCAGUCACUCUCCCACUUAAGCCCGACCCUCAGAUUCCCGGAGAAAUGGAACCCACCAUCGAGCCUUUCCCAACCUCAGUCUCAGCCCAGUGCCCCACCAAAGAGGGAGGGGAUCAAGAUGUGGGGACUCUCUUCGCCAAUGACCCCAUGUUCAAGCCGGCUGCAUAGUGCGGUGUAUGAAACUGAUCUAAAAUAUACACACAAAGUCUCAAGUGUGAUGAAUUUAUAUUACAUAGUGAUUGUCAGUGAUUGAUAACGUUUUCUGUCACUGUAAUAAAGACAAAAACACAUUGAAUUAU